CACUGGAAUUGAGAUCCCAGCUCAGAGGACACCGGGAGUUCCUUCUACCCCGUAAAGUGGUUUUUUUUGUGUGUGUGUUUUUGCACCUGGCUGCCUGGAACUGUCCUCAGGCAGUAAACAAAUCCAGAGAGCAGGGAUAAGACCUCGUGAAUAUGUCGAAGCAGCCAAUUUCCAACGUCAGAGCCAUUCAGGCAAAUAUCAAUAUUCCAAUGGGAGCCUUUCGUCCAGGAGCUGGGCAGCCUCCAAGAAGGAAAGAGAGUACUCCUGGAACUGAGGAGGGAGUGCCUGCCACCUCAGAGGAAAAGAAGCCAAUUCCUGGAAUGAAGAAAUUCCCAGGACCUGUUGUCAACUUGUCUGAGAUACAAAACGUUAAAAGUGAACUGAAAUACGUCCCCAAAGGUGAACAGUAG